UAAAUUCGUGAAAACUACCCGAACAUACAAAGAAGGCCAUCACUCGGAGUGAUGACGAGAGUGAUGACAAUCACUUAGGAACUCACUGACUACCAUCACAGUGAGUACAACAAUGAUGCCCAUCACUCUCGUCAUCACUACUGUACUCACUAAAACUAAAAUUUUUCUAAUGUCAAAUUUUUUGUAACUACAAUCAUAAUGGUAAUCACAACUGCCAUCAGUGAUGGCCAUCAAAAAAAAAAACUUGAAACAAAAAAUGAUUACAAUCACGAUGGCAAUCACGACUAUCAUCACUGAUUGCCAUCACUUGAUGACCAGAAAAAUUUUUGUUAAAAAAUGUUUGAUUACAAUCACGAUGGCAAUCACGACUAUCAUCACUGAUUGCCAUCACUUGAUGACCAGAAAAAUUUUUGUUAAAAAAUGUUUGAUUACAAUCACGAAGGCAAUCACGACUAUCAUCACUGAUUGCCAUCGCUUGAUGACCAGAAAAAUUUUUGUUAAAAAAUGUUUGAUUACAAUCACGAAGGCAAUCACGACUAUCAUCACUGAUUGCCAUCGCUUGAUGACCAGAAAAAUUUUUGUUAAAAAAUGUUUGAUUACAAUCACGAAGGCAAUCACGACUAUCAUCACUGAUUGCCAUCGCUUGAUGACCAGAAAAAUUUUUGUUAAAAAACGUUUGAUUACAAUCACGAAGGCAAUCACGACUAUCAUCACUGAUUGCCAUCACUUGAUGACCAAAAAAAUUUUUGUUAAAAAAUGUUUGAUUACAAUCACGAAGGCAAUCACGACUAUCAUCACUGAUUGCCAUCACUUGAUGACCAGAAAAAUUUUUGUUAAAAAAUGUUUGAUUACAAUCACGAAGGCAAUCACGACUAUCAUCACUGAUUGCCAUCGCUUGAUGACCAGAAAAAUUUUUGUUAAAAAAUGUUUGAUUACAAUCACGAAGGCAAUCACGACUAUCAUCACUGAUUGCCAUCGCUUGAUGACCAGAAAAAUUUUUGUUAAAAAAUGUUUGAUUACAAUCACGAAGGCAAUCACGACUAUCAUCACUGAUUGCCAUCACUUGAUGACCAGAAAAAUUUUUGUUAAAAAAUGUUUGAUUACAAUCACGAAGGCAAUCACGACUAUCAUCACUGAUUGCCAUCGCUUGAUGACCAGAAAAAUUUUUGUUAAAAAAUGUUUGAUUACAAUCACGAAGGCAAUCACGACUAUCAUCACUGAUUGCCAUCACUUGAUGACCAGAAAAAUUUUUGUUAAAAAAUGUUUGAUUACAAUCACGAAGGCAAUCACGACUAUCAUCACUGAUUGCCAUCACUUGAUGACCAGAAAAAUUUUUGUUAAAAAAUGUUUGAUUACAAUCACGAAGGCAAUCACGACUAUCAUCACUGAUUGCCAUCGCUUGAUGACCAGAAAAAUUUUUGUUAAAAAAUGUUUGAUUACAAUCACGAAGGCAAUCACGACUAUCAUCACUGAUUGCCAUCGCUUGAUGACCAGAAAAAUUUUUGUUAAAAAAUGUUUGAUUACAAUCACGAAGGCAAUCACGACUAUCAUCACUGAUUGCCAUCACUUGAUGACCAGAAAAUUUUUUUGUUAAAAAAUGUUUGAUUAAGAACCGGUAGAAAAUACGCUUCAAAACAGACAAGGUAUUACAGAAGAAAACAUAUCUUAAUAUCUGAAGACGAAGAUGAAGGUGAUCAAAAUAUUACAAGUGGGCAUUCAAAUGAAGCAUUUGGUACUCAAACAGAAGAUACGCAUGCAGAAACCUCUGAGCCAAUGGAAACACACGAAGAGGAGUCUAAUUUAACUGAUUACGCGAGCAGUUUGGACUUUGAUUCAGAUUGCGACAUUGACAUAAAUGAUAGUAGCGAUGAUAUGGAAAGUUUAUAUGAUUCAGAGGACUUUGAAGCAGAUGAACAAACCAGACCAGAUUUAAAAAACGAUUUGAUGUCAUGGUAUUUGAAAAAUGACUGUAUAAGUAAGAACGCAAUGGGAUCCCUGUUAAAAAUUUUAAAACCGCAUCUUAAAAAUCCUCACGAGCUUCCAGUUGAUGCCCGAACAUUUUUAAAAACAUUUGAUAAAGUGGAAAUGAAGAAAGUUUCUGGAGGAGAUACUGUUUAUUUGGGAAUUGAGCGCAUUAUAAACUUUUUCAUAAGAAGCAAAAUUCAAUUGCCGGAGGAAUUAAUAUUCGAUAUUAACAUUGACGGUGUUGAAGUUUUUGUAAAUCCAUACACUAAAAGGACAAUGUGGCCUGUUCUCUGUGUUUUCAGGAAUAUCAAGGGGUUUGAAAAAAUGGUGUUUCCUAUUUCUUUCUACUGUGGAAGUCAAAAACCAACUACAUUGGAUUUUCUGGACACAUUCAUAAAUGAAUACCAAUUAAUGGACCAAAAUUAUUAAUGGAAAAACAGUUUUAUUUCUAUAUCACUGCUAUAAUAAAUGUUGGCUACCAUCAUUUUCGGUAUUACUGACUGUAAUUACUCAUGGUAGUCAGUGAUGGUAAUCAGUGAUGGUAAUCAGUGAUGGUAAUCAGUGAUGGUAAUCAGUGAUGGCACUGAGUACAUAUGAUAAAAAGUUAAUUAAGUUAACUAAUAAUCUGAUGAAGUUAGAAGAAAGAAUCGAAAAAAUUAUUGCAAGUUUAUAAGAAAAUUUCAAACCAUUUAUACAUGCCAAUUUGCCAUAUAAAAAAUAUUAAUUUAUUACAGACAUUGGCUUAGAGGAUAAGUGAGCGGUACAACAACGAAGAGCGAUCUGGAGGGCGUGAGUUCGAAUCUCGGCGAAAGCGGAAAAAUUUUAAGUAUAUAAAAUUUAAUCUAAUCAUUACUAAUAAAUCUUAAUGUUUAAUUCUAGCAAUCUUAGUACAAAAAGAUCCUCUAAGCCAAUAAACAGUCAUAACAAGUUCCUUAGGAUUAAUUAAAAAAUAUUUUUUUAAACUUUUUUAUGGCAAUCACUGGUUGCCAUCACUGAUGACCAUCAUAAUUGUCAUCAGUGAUGGCAAUCAGUUAUUACAAUCACUGAUGGUAAUUACUGACUACAAUCAUAAUUUUCAUCAAUGAUGGCAGUCAUGAUAGUCAUCAGUGAUUGCGUAUUAUCAAAAGCGCACUAUCUGUGUGUGUCAUCACUGAUGGUAAUCGUGAUGACCAUCAGUGAUGGCAAUCACAAGGGUAAAGUAGCGGACUCACUAAAAUGUAUGUGAGUGAGUACAGUCAAAUACAGGCCAUCACUGGCUUGAGUGAUGGUAGUUAUGAUUGCCAUCUUUGUAUGUUCGGGCUAUCAAAAUAAAUUAUGAAGUUCAUAAUCGCAAUUACAAUUUUGGCUUUAGUCAUAAUCAACAAUUCAGAAGCUAAAGUCUUCACAAAAUGUGAAUUCGCUAGAACUAUGCUGAAUGCUGGAUUUUCAAAGGCAUCAUUACCAAACUGGGUUUGCCUUGUAAAAGCUGAAAGUAGUUUCAAUUCUAGACUCAGAGGUCCAAAAAAUCCUAAUGGAUCACACGACUAUGGUAUUUUCCAAAUUAAUGACAAAUAUUGGUGCAAAGUUGGCUCUAAAGGUGGAGACUGUAAUAUGAAUUGUAAUAGUUUUAUCGAUGACAAUAUUAGUGACGAUAUUGCAUGCACAAAAAUCAUUUAUAAACGACAUGGAUACAACGCUUGGUACGGAUGGAAGAACAAGUGCCAAGGAUCACUUGCUGCUUACCAAGUUAAUGAAUGUUUCUAAAUACUCGUUUGGUUACUAAUAUGUUAAGUUUAAGAUUUAUUUUUAUUAUUAUUUAAUGCAUUUAGUUGAUUUAAUAAAGUUAAUUAGUUGUGCGUAUAAAGACAUGGAUUAUUUUAGAAUGACUU